AUGGGUGAAGCACCCCAACCGACCAAGGCUCCCUACUGGCGCCUGAUUUUCGACCAGGAGUUUGUCGCCCCAGAAGUCAUCAACCAUGACUACAAUGGCGCCGGUACUGAAGAGAACCCCUUCGAGGUUAGCUGGCUGGAGCACGACUCGCGCAAUCCAAUGCACCUCUCGGCUGUGUUUCGAUGGUAUCUGAUGUUCCUUGUCGGAAUCAGCACCCUGUCUGUUGCCCUCGUUUCCUCGGCUUAUUCCGGUAGUAUCGUGGAGGUGACGGAGGAUUUCCAUAUCAGCGAGGAAAUUGCGCUACUUGGAAUCUCCCUGUUUGUUCUCGGGUUCGCCGUUGGGCCGCUGUUUUGGGCGCCUCUCAGCGAAAUCUAUGGCCGUCGCCCUAUCAUGGUCAUCAACGCCGUUGGAUUGACGAUCUUUACUGCCGGCGCUGCAGGCGCACAGAACCCGUGGACCCUCAUUAUCCUCCGCUUCCUCGGUGGAAGCCUGGGAUCGGGUCCGUUCGCCGUUUCUGGCGGCAUCAUUGCCGACACCUUUCCUAUGAUCAGCCGUGGGCUCGCAAGUGGGCUUUACAGUGCUGCGCCAUUUCUGGGACCAACGCUUGGUCCUAUUGUCGGCGGAUUUCUGUCGGAGUCGGCCGGCUGGCGCUGGGUAGAGGGCCUUGCGGCGGCCUUCGCGGCACUCGUUGGGAUUAUUCUGUUUUUCACCCUGCCUGAAACCUAUGCGCCGGUUUUACUGAGUAAACGCGCCUCGCGUCUGUCCUCUAUAACCGGCAAAGCCUACCGCAGCAAACUAGAAAUCGAGAAGGGCAAAUCAUCCCCUACAGAAGUCUUCAAAGUGGCUCUGUCCCGGCCGUGGGCCCUGCUUUUCCGUGAGCCCAUUGUCCUUCUGCUGACUAUCUACCUUUCUAUUAUCUACGGAAUCCUCUAUCUGCUGUUCGCCGCCUAUCCGAUCGUUUACCAACAAGGAAGAGGCUGGAGCGAGGGGAUGAGCGGCCUUCCAUUUCUUGGGAUGUUGAUAGGCAUCCUCUGCUCGACCAUCGCCACAGUCCCUAUGUAUUAUCGGUAUAAGAAGAAGACCCUGGCUACGAUAGGUCGGCUCCCGCCAGAGGCCCGCCUCCCUGAUUCGUUCAUUGGCGCAAUUUCCCUCCCGGUUGGUCUAUUUUGGUUCGCCUGGACGAAUGGCCCUUCGGUGCAUUGGAUGGCCUCAGUCGCCGCAGGAGUGCCCUUUGGAUUUGGGAUGGUGAUGGUAUUCCUCCCGGUACUGAACUAUCUCGUGGACGCCUACACUAUCUAUGCUGCCUCUGUGAUUGCUGCCAAUUCGGCAGUCCGCUCAAUCUUCGGUGCCGUUUUCCCUCUCUUUGCCGGUUCUAUGUACGAGGACUUGGGGAUUCAUUGGGCCUCGUCUCUCCUAGCGUUCUUGGCCCUCGCGUGUGUACCGUUGCCCUUCUUGUUUUAUAAGUUUGGCCCUGCCAUUCGAUCGCGUUGCCAUUAUGCUGCAGAGUCGGAUAGGUUCAUGGAGACCAUGUUCGCACCUGCUGCGCACAAAUCGUCUGAGGAGAGACACAUACUUCGAGACGGUGGAGACUCUCUAAAGGAUAAUGGGAGCCAAGUGUUCGUCCUGGAGCCGAUCAAUAUGAUGAAUACACCGGCGAGUGAAUCUGGAUCGCGUUUGAAUCAGAGAUGA